ACCUUGCUAUGUGUUAACACACCUUUGAAGAUGCUAUUUGCACACCUUAUGGUGUGUUAAACACACCUUUAGGUGUGUUUGAGAACUUACCUUUAGGUGUGUUAAAAUUUGGGCAAAAAAGGUGUACAAAAUUAACACACCUUUUUUUCAUGAUGAGCUGAAAUAUAUUAUAGCAGGGCCGUACGGAAUUAAUAGUCAGUCAUUUUUUGCGAAAUUUUGAAAUUUAUUAUGAAUGGUUUUAAUCAGGGGCGAAUGUAUAGUAUUGUUCUAUGCCGGUAUUAUAGGGGCAGACUUUCUUAAAAUCGCUGUGUCCUCUCAAUUUCUUGAGAGUAUGACAAGUUUUUUUUCAGUUAAACCUAUGAAUACAGUCAUCAAGUUCUCGAAAAACCCGGUUGUGAUUAAUGAGACGAUAACCAUAACAUGUACAUCUGAAGGGUUCCCUGAACCAAUUUAUACCUUACACCAUAAUGGUGAGGUUGUUAGUACUGGCAUGCCGAAUACCAUAUCCCAAGUUAAGUGGAAGAAUGCCGGGAGAUACAAGUGCAUCGCGGCUAAUACAUUUGGAAAGGAUUCUGAUUUUAAAAUUUUAUCCGUUACCGAAGAACGAAGACCAACAAUAUCAAUAACAAGAUCAACUUUACGCUCGUCACCAAACACAAGCGCAAAAAAUCCAAUCGAAUGUAAUAAUUCAGAAUCGAAUUACAGUGAAACAAAAUGGUAUAUCAUUGUCAUAUCAUUGGUAUCUGGAAUUAUCAUUGGAAUUCUUCUUUCCUACAUUGUCCCAUAUUCUCGUCGUAAACUUAAAAGUAGAGAACGUCAACAUUCAAAUCAUGAACCUCCCUCACCUCAAGUUGAUCAGUUAACUUAUCAAGAACUGGAUCUCAAAAGAAUGAAUGAAGAAGACAAAUACCAAUCUUUGACAGGGAAUGCUAAAAAAAAUGAUGGUGUAAAUAGCGAUGAGUCAAAUUAUACUGAGUUAAACAAAACAAGAGACGUCGAAAACAACUAUCAAUCUUUAAGUUGAAUCUCGAUGUU